AUGGAGGGGCCGCCGGCCGUCGCGGACGGGGGCGUUUCCCUGCACAACUUUAGCGCAAGGUUGUGGGAGCAGCUUGUCCACUUUCACGUUAUGCGGCUGACGGACUCUAUCUUCCUGUGGGUGGGAGCCACUCCGCAUUUGCGCAAUCUCGCCGUGGCCAUGUGCAACCGCUACGACUCCAUCCCUGUGUCUACCUCUCUUCUUGGAGACACUUCUGACACAACAUCCACUGGCCUGGCUCAGCGCUUAGCCAGGAAGACCAACAAACAGGUGUUUGUCAGCUAUAAUCUUCAGAAUACAGACAGCAGCUUCGCAUUACUUGUAGAAAACAGAAUCAAGGAAGAAAUGGAUGCUUUUCCAGAAAAAUUCUAG